AUGCAGACAGCCGGGCCGAAGCCAGGGCCAACCUGCAGUGGCGUGGCGAGGGGGGGUGUUCCUAUCGCGAGUAUUUCGGGGGUGCAGCAGUGCCUGAAGGGCCGGAGGCUUCACUGGGUCAAGGGCGGUGCCCCACCGCCGGUGGUGUGGCGGGAUCUCGAGGUCCGGUACGGCGUGGACGUCAAGCAGCUGGAGGAGCGUCAGAUCGACAGUCUGCCAGAGCACCUCGGGGCCAACGACGUGAUCGUCGUCGAGACGCACGCGUUCUUUCAUGCGGGGCUCGAGGGCAGCGAAGACCAGCUAAAGCGUCGUGUUCAGCAGCAUCUCCUGAGCAAGGGCUACACGAAAGAUGUGUCGAAGAAGGGACAGCUCCUGUUCGUCCUGUCGCAGGCUCACCACGAAUGGGAUAGCGAUGACGCCUAUGCUGCGAGCUCGUUCUCUUGGGGGCUGAGCCAGCCACAGCAGGAAGCGUACCAGUCCGCUGCGCUUGCCGCGCUGAAGGACUCCGCCUGGACAGUUGUGGACACGUUCAGCCCCACGAAAGCAAGACCGACCGUGCGGAGAGCGAGCCGGGUGUCCUGGGGCGCCAGCGGAGACGGCGCGCAGUUUGCUGGCAUCACCGUGCUGUUCCUCCACGCGCUGUGCGGAGACCUCUGA